GAAAUCGAAAGUCGCAGUGAAAGCGAGAGAGAGAGAGAGAGUGAGAAAGAGAGAGAGAGGCGAUAAAUAGCCAUCAAAGCCCCAUGUCACGCUCUCCUGCGUCUCUCCUUCCCCCCCAUCUCUCUUAGGGUUUCUUCCAUCUACCUCUCGGGGAGAGCUGCUGCGAUGCAAGAAUUCCACUCCUUUUUCUACUCGAAAUCUCAGCAGGGAAGGGGAAUGCAUCUAAGGUGAGCGUUGUGCCCUUUUUGAAAGGGUUGAGGCUCCAUACUAAGGAGCUAGAGGGCUCAGUCUUUAGUUGUACGAUCCUUCUGCCAGGUACUGCUCCUCUUCGAAUUGCUGUCUAGGAGGAUAGGUGCCUAGAUGAGAUGAAAGGUGGAGUCAAUCAAGACCGCAAAGAGGACAACAGAUAUUAGGGCUUGGAACAAUCUUCGGUUGCAUUUAUGGCGUCUGCCAGUCUGGGACAUGGUGGUGUUGGCAGUUCCAGGGCGAUUAACAAUUUCAAGGGGUCGUCAAGUUCUGUUGAUUGCCUCAGGAGAGAAAUGCUUGAAAUGAGGUUAAGGGACAACAAGCUGGACCAGGAUGAUGACACGGAUAUUGAGCCCGAUAUUAUUGAUGGCAUGGGUGCUGAGGCUGGACAUAUAAUAGCAACAACUAUUGGUGGUCGAAAUGGUCAGCCCAAGCAGACGAUCAGUUACAUAGCAGAACAUGUGGUUGGGACUGGUUCUUUUGGUGUUGUUUUCCAGGCUAAAUGUAGAGAAACUGGAGAGAUUGUCGCUAUCAAGAAGGUUCUCCAAGAUAAACGUUAUAAGAACAGGGAGUUACAGAUUAUGCAGAUGUUGGAUCAUCCUAAUAUUGUUGCCCUCAAGCAUUGCUUUUUCUCAACAACAGACAAGGAAGAACUUUACCUCAAUCUUGUGCUUGAGUUUGUCCCUGAGACUGUUAAUCGCAUUGCAAGGCACUACAACAGGAUCAACCAAAGAAUGCCCCUAAUAUAUGUUAAGCUCUACACUUAUCAGAUCUGUAGGGCACUGGCUUACAUACACAAUUGUGUUGGUAUUUGUCAUCGCGAUAUUAAACCACAGAACUUGCUGGUGAAUCCCCAUACACAUCAGCUGAAGCUCUGUGAUUUUGGUAGUGCAAAAGUACUGGUGAAAGGAGAACCAAAUAUCUCUUACAUUUGUUCGAGAUAUUAUCGUGCCCCCGAGCUCAUCUUUGGUGCAACCGAAUACACAACUGCGAUUGACAUGUGGUCUACAGGCUGUGUAAUGGCUGAAUUACUCCUUGGGCAGCCUUUGUUUCCUGGAGAAAGUGGAGUUGAUCAACUGGUUGAGAUAAUCAAGGUUCUAGGAACGCCCACGAGGGAGGAGAUAAAGUGCAUGAAUCCAAACUAUACCGAGUUCAAAUUUCCACAGAUAAAGGCUCAUCCGUGGCACAAGGUUUUCCAGAAGCGCUUGCCCCCAGAAGCAGUUGACCUUGUCUGCAGGUUUCUGCAAUACUCCCCCAAUCUGCGAUGCACAGCAUUGGAAGCUUGUAUUCACCCUUUCUUUGAUGAGUUGAGGGACCCAAAUACUCGCCUUCCCAAUGGUCGCCCGCUUCCUCCUCUCUUCAAUUUCAAACCUCAAGAACUUUCGGGCAUUCCCCCAGAUGCUCUCAAGAGGCUUAUUCCUGAGCAUGCUAGAAAACAGAACUUGUUCAUGGCCUUGCACACUUAGAGAAGGUUUAGUUCGUUGUUGGUCUGCUACGAGCCAGAUUAUGUAAAGUUGCCUGCCUUUUUUUUACAUCAUGUUUUUUCCCUUAGAGAAAAGAAUGCUUGUAAUGCAAUGGCGUUGCACUGACAAUCUCCGAUCCCUGAGGCUUGUGUAUGAAUUUUAGUGGAGUUGGGAGUUUUAAUUUUCCAGUCAUGUCUGUCACACUUGUAAUAACUUAUUUUAUUAUUAUUAGUGAUGGUUUGUAUAAGCA